UUGAAAAGUUAAUGAUUGAUAAAAUUAGGUAAGUUGGAGUAUUUGAUGUGUAAGGUAAGAUCAAAUAAAAUGUUUUAAUUUCAAAUUAAGUCGAAUCACAUAAUCCUUCUGAAAAAUAUAGUGGAUAUUAUGUUGUAUGUCUCUUUUAAUAAUUUUAGUUGUCAUAAUUGAUAUUUAUUGCAUCAUUUGACCAUUAUGAUGUAAAAUAAACAUCAAAUAGUAAUAAUUAAUAAACAUAGGGAGCAGAGGGUGUUAAUGGCGUUUAGUUUUAUAUUAUAGAUAUUUACAAGGUGUUUAAUUCAAUAGCUGUUUAUGGUUAACUUGAACAAUUUACAAAUUUAGCUGAACUACUUGUAAAAAAGUUUUUGAAACCAUAAAUGCAAUUGAUAUUAGUACAAUAAAUAUUCCUAGCCUCAUAAACUCCAUUAUAGAUAUUUUUCCAUUGCGAAUUAAGUUAACAAUACGUCAUUGCUAAGCAUAAAAAAAGAAGGAAUAUAAUUAUUAAAAUAUCCAUUAAAAAUAUUAUUAAAAAACUAUUGCUUAUGAAUUUAUAUUCAAUUUAAGAAUCCUUUAUUCAGUUUUUAGACAGAAAUUUUUUUGUAUAAUUUUCAAAAACAAUAUUUUUUCUAAGUUUUUGUAAUUAACUGAAAUGA